GCAAUGGAGAACGGGCGUACUGUGGAAACUGGAAAGGGAUGAUAUCUAGCGAACUGGUGCCAUUGUACGGUGUUUGAGACUUGGAAAUUUUUUUCCUUUUCCGUUUCUCGUUCUGCAUAACAAAAAAAUAUUGUUCCGUGGAUAUCUAACUAAAAGCAGAGGUUCGACUGCAUGCUCACGGCAUAGUUGAUGGGAGAUGCAGUCAAUUGAAUGAAAACAAAGAAAUGGAUCAAACUCAGAGAUCACCACCAGGAACAGCCUCUCGGGCUUAUCAGUUACACCCUGCCCGAACCGCCAUUCUCGAUCUGUUCAACCUUUACUUGGGAAGAAACAGCCGCCAGAAACCCGAUGAUACAAUCCGUGAACUGCCGAACAAAUCACAAAAGCGUGUACUUGCUCUGAACAGAGAGCUUCCUCCACCAAAUGAGCAAUUCCUUCUAGAUUUUGAGCAACUUCAGAGCCAGUUUCCUGACCAAGAUCAGUUACGUUCUGUAACUGAAGCUAUUCUCAUAUCUCUGGUUGUGCAGUGCAGCAGUCAUGCACCAAGGGCAGAAUUUCUUCUAUUUGCUUUGCGGAGCUUAUGUGGUAUUAGAUACAUUAACUGGGAUACUUUUUUGCCAUCCCUUCUCUCUUCAGUUUCGUCAGCAGAUAUGCCUGCUGGCCAGGGUAGUCAAGCAGUGCCAGCUGUUUCCUCUUCAAACUUAUUGCAGUCAGGCAUGUUACCACCGUCAAGCACGAUAACCAAUGUGUCUAAUUUUCAGUCUUCAAAUCCUGCAUCUCCACUACCUUCUGUUCAUCCCAUUGGCUCCCCUCCUCAAUCGAGCAUUGAACCAUCAAGUUGUGCAGCUAUAUCUCCUGUCAAAUCUUCUGAUAUGUUAUGCUCUGGACAACAAUCUAAAACAAGAGGCAUUCCAUCUGUUCGUAAUAAUGAUAUUAGUAGCCUCCGUCAGCUAUGUUGCAAAAUUAUUUUGAUUGGUCUUGAGUCUGAUUUGAAACCAGUGACUCAUGCUGAAAUCUUCCAUCACAUGCUAAAUUGGCUGGUAAAUUGGGACCAAAGGCACCAGGGAGUUGAUGAACCUGAUCUAGUAAAAGCAUGGAGGCCUGACAAAGCUUUAAUUGCUUGGCUACACGGUUGUUUGGAUGUGAUCUGGCUUUUAGUUGAUGAAGGAAAAUGCCGAGUUCCCUUUUAUGAAUUACUUCGUAGUGGUUUGCAAUUUAUAGAGAACAUACCUGAUGAUGAAGCCUUAUUUACACUUAUUUUGGAGAUCCACAGGAGACGAGAUAUGAUGGCUAUGCACAUGCAAAUGCUAGACCAACAUCUUCAUUGUCCAACGUUUGGCACUCCUCGAAUUCUUACUCAGACUCCUAAUAUUUCAGGCGAAGCAGGCAUGAGACUUGCACCAAUCACAUAUUUAAGUGUACUUGGGGAACCAUUACAUGGAGAGGAUCUUGCAACUUCUAUCCAGAAGGGAAGUUUGGAUUGGGAGAGAGCUUUACGUUGUAUAAGGCACGCUCUUCGCACCACCCCAUCACCUGAUUGGUGGAGACGUGUGCUACUAGUAGUUCCUUGCUUUAGGCCUUCCUCUCAAGGGCCUACUCCUGGUGCUGUUUUUUCUUCAGAAAUGAUCUGUGAGGCAACAAUUGAUAGAAUUGUUGAGUUGUUGAAAUUAACAAAUUCAGAGGUAAAUUGCUGGCAGGACUGGCUUGUCUUCUCCGACAUUUUCUAUUUUUUCAUGAAAAGUGGGUGCAUUGAUUUUGUUGAGUUUGUAGACAAGCUGGUUUUACGCCUUGCAGAGAAUGACAACCUUCUAAAAACAAACCAUGUGACUUGGCUUCUUGCACAAAUAAUUCGAGUUGAGCUGGUUCUGAAUGCUUUGAAUUCAGAUGCUAGAAAGGUGGAGACUACCCGAAAGAUUCUUUCAUUUCACAGAGAAGAGCGGAACCCUGAUCCCAAUAACCCACAAAGUAUAUUGCUUGAUUUUGUUAGCAGCUGCCAAAAUUUACGUAUUUGGUCAUUGAAUACAUCAACCAGAGACUAUCUCAACAAUGAGCAACUUCAAAAGGGAAAGCAAAUAGAUGAAUGGUGGAAACAAGCAAGCAAAGGGGAUCGCAUGAUGGAUUAUAUGACUAUGGAUGAACGCUCAAUAGGGAUGUUUUGGGUUGUCUCCUACACAAUGGCACAACCUGCUUGUGAAACAGUAAUGCAUUGGUUAACUUCUGCUGGAGUUAUUGAGAUGAUUACGGGACCAAAUCUACAGUCACCAGAGAGAUUAAUGGCUACACGGGAAGUGAGCCCGCUGCCUAUAUCAUUGUUGUCUGGUUUUGCAAUGAACUCAUGCAUGAAGCUAUCGUAUCAAAUGGAAGAAAACAUUUUUUCCGGGCAGGUUGUACCCAGCAUUGCAAUGGUUGAAACGUAUACUAGAUUGUUGCUUAUUGCACCUCAUUCGCUAUUUCGCUCACAUUUCAAUCAUCUAGUGCAAAGAAAUCCUUCUUUAUUGAGCAAACCUGGAGUGUCGCUUUUGGUACUUGAGAUAUUGAACUACAGAUUGCUUCCACUUUACAGGUACCAAGGAAAAAGCAAAGCCUUGAUGUAUGAUGUUAUAAAGAUUAUUUCUGCCCUAAAAGCAAAACGAGGAGAUCAUCGGGUAUUCAGAUUAGCCGAAAAUCUGUGCCUGAAUCUUAUUUUCUCAUUGAGAGAUUUUUUCUUGGUUAAAAGGGAAGGAAAGGGUCCAACUGAAUUUACUGAAACUCUGAAUCGCGUAACUGUAAUUACACUUGCUAUCCUUAUUAAAACACGAGGGAUUGCUGAUGCUGAGCACCUGCUUUAUCUCCCAACUAUGUUGGAACAAAUAAUGGCAACUAGCCAGCAUACAUGGUCUGAAAAAACUCUUCAUUACUUUCCUUCUGUUCUGCGUGAUGCCCUGGGCAGUCGAAUGGAUAAAAGGAGUCUUUCUAUACAAGCAUGGCAGCAGGCAGAAGCCACUGUUUUACACCAAUGCACACAGCUUCUUACCGCAUCAGCUGAUCCUAAUUAUAUUGUGACCUAUGUCGGUCACAGUUUCCCUCAGCAUCGACAAUAUUUGUGUGCUGGUGCAUGGACAUUAAUGCAUGGACAUGGAGAAAACAUUAAUGGUGGAACCUUGGCACGUGUCCUUAGGGAAUUUUCUCCUGAAGAGGUGACGUCUAAUAUUUACACAAUGGUGGAUGUUUUGCUUCAUCAUAUUCAAAUUGAAGUUCAACAUGGGCAUUCCGUACAGGACCUUCUGUUAAAAGCUUGUGCAAAUCUUGGAUUUUUUGUUUGGAUGAAUGAGUUGCUUCCCUUAGAUAUCUUGCUUCUGGCACUUAUUGAUCGUGAUGAUGAUCCCCAUGCAUUGCGAAUUGCGAUCAGUCUCCUUGAUAGACAAGAGCUUCAGCAAAGAGUAAAACAAUUUAUUGUGACUCGUGGACCCCCUGAGCAUUGGCUUUACACUGGACAAUUCAAGCGGGUUGAACUGCAAAAGGCUCUUGGAAAUCACCUUUCGUGGAAGGACAAGCACCCAGUGUUCUUUGAUGAUAUUGCAGCCCGUUUGCUUCCAGUCAUCCCUUUAAUUAUUUAUAGACUUAUUGAAAAUGACGCAAUGGAUCUAGCAGACAGAGUAUUGGCCAUGUAUGCUCCAUUGCUUGCUUACUACCCUCUAAGAUUUACAUUUGUUCGUGAUAUACUUGCAUAUUUCUAUGGCCAUCUUCCUGGAAAGCUCAUUCUUCGAAUACUCUAUGUACUUGAUAUCAAGAAGAUUCCUUUGUCGGAUUCAUUCCCACAGCAAAUAAGCUCUUCCAAUCCAGUCAUGUGCCCUCCUAUGGACUAUUUUGCUACUCUCUUGUUGGGAAUAGUGAAUAAUGUGAUCCCUCCAUUGCAUAACAAUUCAAAGUCUGGAUCAAGCACUGAUGCUUCAAACAAUGCACUACGCUCUCUGCAUAACAAGCCUCCAGCAGUAUCUCAGUCUGGGACUGCAAAUGCUUUGGAGGGCCCAAAAGCUUUCUACCAAAUUCAGGAUCCUGGCACAUAUACUCAACUGGUUCUUGAGACUGCUGUCAUUGAAAUCCUCUCCCUCCCUGUCUCUGCGUCUCAGAUAGUACAAUCGCUCAUUCAAAUUAUUGUAAAUAUACAACCAACAUUGAUCCAAUCCAGUAACGGUCUCCAUGGUGGUUCAAAUGGUGUAGGGCAAGGUUCGGUACUGCCAACAUCUCCUUCAGGGGGAAGUACAGAUUCCUUAGGUGCUAGCAGAUCAUCUCCUUCGGUUUCUGGAAUAAGUACCUCUAACUUUGCCUCACGAAGUGGUUAUUCAUGCCAACAACUAUCUUGCUUGUUCAUUCAAGCUUGUGGUCUCCUUCUGGCUCAGCUGCCUCCUGAAUUUCACUUACAACUUUACAUGGAGACAACACGCAUAAUAAAAGAGAACUGGUGGCUUACAGAUGGGAAAAAGUCACUUGGGGAAAUAGAUUCUGCUGUUGGCUACGCUUUGUUGGAUCCAACUUGGGCAGCACAGGACAAUACCUCUACGGCCAUUGGGAAUGUGGUUGCCCUACUUCACUCCUUCUUUAGUAACCUCCCUCAGGAAUGGCUAGAAGGGACGCACGUCAUCAUCAAGCAACUUAGGCCAGUAACAUCCGUUGCAAUGUUGAGGAUAGCUUUCCGUAUAAUGGGUCCACUUCUCCCAAAACUUGCCAAUGCUCAUGCACUUUUCAGCAAGACCCUUUCAUUUCUGUUAAGUGUACUAGUGGAUGUAUUUGGAAAAAACGUCCAGCCACCCGCGGCCAUUGAAGCAUCAGAAAUAGCUGAUAUCAUUGACUUUAUCCAUCAUGUCAUCCAUUAUGAAGGGCAGGGAGGACCCGUGCAGGCUAGCAGCAAACCUCGACCAGGUUUGGCUCUCAUAGGAAGGGCAUCGGAGAGUCUACGUCCAGACGUUCAGCAUCUGCUUUCACACCUGAAGCCUGAUGUAGAUUCUUCUAUUUAUUUUGCACCCGUUCCAAAGGUCCAGAAUCCAUCCUAGAUGCAAGCACAUGAGAGCACAUUUCAGAGUUCAAAAAAUGGCAGAGAAAUGCUUACUCUGUGACGAGUUCAGGGAACAAUAAGUUUCAAAUGUAAAUCUGAACGGUUUGGUAAACUGGGGGUUUACAGAUUUGAUUAGAUUAUAGAGCUGUAUAUAAAACAGAUGUUUUGUUUAUUUCUCGAGUUUUGUGGGCAUAAAUUGCAGCAAGCUAGUGAGCCAUCGCCCAUCUGUAUGAAAGAGGGAAAGGGUAUAUAGUUUUCUUACAGAAGUUUAAAAUUUGGAAAGAAUAGACAUUUUUCCUUCUUUCCCUAUAA